AUGAAUAUAGACAACGUAAAUCAGUCUGUUACAACAGGAGUUCCUUCCACGACAUCCUCAACUUCAAGUAAUUGUAUCACCAAUGACAGUGCAACAACCAACACUAGCAGCAUCCCUUCGGUCACGAGUAAUGCCUCAGCUGUUGCUGUGACUUCCACAGACACAUCAGUCUCCAACGGCGUCUACGCUCCCGGUGGCAUCACCAAUGGAGAUGUCAAGCCUGCGGUCUCCACCACGCCUUUGGCUGAUUUCCUAAUGCAACUGGAGGAUUACACUCCAACUAUUCCUGAUGCAGUUACAGGCUACUACCUCAACCGGGCUGGUUUUGAGGCCUCUGAUCCAAGAAUAAUCCGUCUGAUCUCUCUUGCUUCUCAGAAGUUUAUCUCCGACAUUGCCAACGAUGCACUGCAAUACUGUAAAAUGAAGGGCACGGCCUCAGGAAGCUCCAGAAGUAAAACAAAGGAUAAGAAGUACACGCUGACGAUGGAAGACCUGACUCCUGCCUUGUCUGAAUAUGGUGUUAAUGUUAAGAAACCUUAUUACUUUACAUAG